AUGCCGAAUUGUGACGGCGGCGAAGGCGACACGGACGGAGCAGGCGACAAAGGCGAAUCCGACGGCGGAGGCGGCGACGGCGACACGGACGGAGGCGGCGAAAGCGAGACCGAUGGCGGCGACGGCGACGGCAAGCGAGCUUGCUGCGGGGAGGGCGAGACGGAGGAAGGCAGCGGCGACGGCGACACGGACGGAGGCGGCGACGGCGACACGGACGGAGGCGGCGACGGCGACACGGACGGAGGCGGCGACGGCGACACGGACGGAGGCGGCGAAAGCGAGACCGAUGGCUGCGACGGCGACGGCAAGCGAGCUUGCUGCGGGGAGGGCGAGACGGAGGAAGGCAGCGGCGACGGCGACACGGACGGAGGCGGCGAAGGCGACACGGACGGAGGCGGCGACGGCGACACGGACGGAGGCGGCGACGGCGACACGGACGGAGGCGGCGAAAGCGAGACCGAUGGCUGCGACGGCGACGGCAAGCGAGCUUGCUGCGGGGAGGGCGAGACGGAGGAAGGCAGCGGCGACGGCGACACGGACGGAGGCGGCGAAGGCGACACGGACGGAGGCGGCGAAGUCGACACGACCGACGGCGGCGGGGAGAGCGAUUCCAACGGCGGCGGCGGCGACGGCGACAAGGACAGAGGCGGCGAAAGCGAGACCGACGGCGGCGACGGCGACGGCGACAUGGAUUGA